GUUCGUCAAAGACUUGCAGGGGAGUGGAGGGCAAUUCUCUUUAAACAACUUCUCAGCACAGAAUCCGUACUGGAGUUUGGCGCAGCCGAUCAGCUCUGGUGGUUCAGGCGACAAAACAUCACUCGGAUUUCAGCGUUUUUGGGAGACUGAUUUCUCGGUCGAGGAAGGAGGACCAAAGGAUUUUUGUAAACUUUGUGAAUCUGAACUCAGGAUUUGGAUUGUUGGAUAGUUUUUCUUCUGCAGACUGAUACAGGCGCUUGGGGUUGUCUAAUAUGCUUUGUGAACUGUGUGCCAGAUCUCCAGAGGUCUGGGGGAGUUGACGGUUUAGUGAAGGGCUUGGAAAAUUGGUGGCUGAACCGAGUGGACAGGUCACCGAGCAGCGACUAUGCGCAGCCUUCAUCCUCAGACGCGCAGCGAUGUUUUACGCACCGUAUGACUAAACAUGUUCUGAUGCUGCGGGACGUUCGGACAAACUUGACCACCGGCUGCGCAUGCUGUGCGCGCCGAGCUUCAACUCCCAUUUUUGCGCGACAAGUGUAAAUCAAUGUGGCAUCCUCCGAGAGGCGGACGGGACCGACAGGACUCAUCCAAAGCUGUCUAAGCUGUCGUAUGUUCAAGUCGAAACGCUCAGGUCUUGUUCGGCGACUCUGGAGAAGCCGUCUGGAUAGCGACGGGCAGGAUGGAAGCAAACGAGGUGAGGCAGGACGGAACGGUCCUUGUGACAGACACUCAGGAAAGCUCCACAGGCAAGAGCAGCGCUCGGUGACACACGCUGAUGGGUCUCCAGGACUUACGAGAGAGGCAGGAGACCUGAGUGCAGAGAGGGACGACGAGGAGCAGCCUGAUGGUGACCGGCGGGGCAUGUGCGCUCCAGUGCACAGAGGCUCUCGGCCAGAUCAGGACGGGGGUGGCAGCGGGACGGUGACGUGUUGUUUGUUUGGGGAAUGGGAUCUCAGAACUCGGAGCCCCUGGGCCCCGAGAAAAGACGGAGGUGGCCCUUCUCAGUGCGCCCCGAGGCGCGCGGGGCUGGAAGAGGAACUUUUAAGCACUUCUUAUGCGUUUUUGAAAAGACUCAAGGAGAGAUCUCUUGAUAACUUGGUGAAGGCUGUAGAGGCCAAAGGAGGGAUGCCGGGGGAGUGCGUGAUGGUGCCAAGCGCGGAGCUGCGCCUUGGCGCACAGCGCAUCUCUCCUCAGUAUCUUCUGUGUACGUUGUUUCGGUGGAGCGACCUGCCCUUCUCAGCGCGACUCAAAGUGCUGUGCCACUGCCAGAGCUUCAGCGCAGCGGACAGUGCAAAGGUGUGCUGCAAUCCAUAUCACUACAGCCGGCUAUGCGGGCCAGAAUCGCCUCCUCCCCCCUACUGUCUGUCCCAUUCAGAUGAACAAAAGCCACUGGACUCACCUCUGUCUUACACUGAAAGUGCGCGCCCAUUCCUUUCCAGCUCGCCUCGUUUUAUGCCAAGAGACUACACAGACACUGGUACCUCCUUUGGCUCUUCGACUUCAGGUGGACCUCGCUCUCACUGGUGCAGUGUUGCUUACUGGGAGCAGCGCACCCGUGUCGGUCGCCUUUAUCCAGCCUACGAACCCUCGCUCAGCAUCUUUUAUGACCUACCUCAGGGCACGGGCCUCUGCCUCAGCCAGCUCCAUGCCAACGCCUACCACAGCUACCGUCACGACCCAGGCAGCCAAGGCACAAUGGGACUUCUCGUUCACCCCAGCCAUGGCAGCAGCGGGAACAGCAGCAGCAUUGUCCAACAGAUUCGCAGUAAAAUUGGUUUCGGCAUCAUACUGAGUCGUGAACCGGACGGAGUGUGGGUCUACAACCGCAGCCAGCACCCAGUGUUUGUCCACUCGCCCACUCUGGACCACCCCGGCACUCGGGGACUGAGUGUUAAAAGGGUGAUGCCGGGCUUUUCCCUCAAGGUCUUUGAUUUUGAGCGCUCCAGCUGGAUGACAGAGCACAGCGUUAAACCGGAGACCCAGGAGGGGCCCUGGGACCCUCACAGUGUUCGCAUCAGUUUUGCUAAAGGAUGGGGACCCUGCUACUCUAGACAGUUCAUCACCUCUUGUCCCUGCUGGCUGGAGGUGUUACUCAACAACCACAGAUAACAAUCACAGACUCACAGGAAGGGACCAGGCCGAGUAUCCUAAUUGUAAUCUACCUAGAUUUAAUAUAAAGUUUAUAUAUUAUAUAAAAUAUAUGAUACAUGUAAAUAUGUGAGUCCUUUUUAUUAUGCAACUAUUUAUGUAUAGUGUAAUGUGUAUAUGGACAAAAUAAAAGGAACAAGAGUAUGCACUUUGAUUCUACCGUAUAUAUGCAAAUUUCUGUGUCAUUUUGCUGAGUGUGAAAUUGAAAUAAACCUGGUUUGUGUUCUCAAAAGUCAGCAAAUCCAACAAACACUUGACACACAUGUUGUUAAUAAAGUUUUUUUAAUAAA